CGUCAGUCCGCUCGCUCCCGCCGCGCGUCGCGCUCCCCGCUGCACUCGCACGCGUAGGCGCAGUAGGCGUCGCCUCCCCCGGCAGCCCCGGACACGCCUCAUCGCCGUGAGCCCUCCCGCGCGUCGCGCUCCCCGCUGCACUCGCACGCGUAGGCGCAGUAGGUGUCGCCUCCCCCAGCAGCCGCAGAUACGCCUCAUCGCCGUGGGCCCGCCGAGCGCAGCGCAGCGCGCCGCCCGCAGUGCGGCCAUGUGACGGCGCCCCGACGGUGUCGGCGGCGACCCCUUCGACUUGUGACCACGUGUGACGGUGUGACUGUGGCGACGUGCUCUUGAUCGCACUGUCGUCACGCCGGCUGUGAGUGACCGCGCGAGUGCGGACCGCGAGUGACGAACUUUGAAGAUGGCGCAGCCACCGGCGUCCAUCCUGAAGCAGAGCUCAGACUACGGGCACCAGACCCGCACGCCCCCCAGCGACGAGCCGCCCCCGAACCUGCCCCCGAGGAAGCAGUCCCGGCCCCGCCUCCAGCUGCCCGCCCUCAAGAUGCCCGCCCGCAACCCGCAGCACCCGCAGCUCCCGGUGCCGCUGACGGCGGGGACGGUCCCGGGGACGGCGGGCGUGACCUGGGGGCCGGCGCACCACGGCUACCCGGGCUACCCGGGCUACCCCGGCGCGCACGCGGCGCACGCCUACCCCAGCAUGACCCCCAUGCCCAUGACGCCCGUCUCGGGGCUCAUGGGCGGCGCGGCGGGCGUGCCCAUCGGCAUGGCGGGCGCGCUGGGCAGGUUCAACGUGUACCCCACCAAGGCCAGCGAGUUCAUGUUCAAGCAGUUUGCCGGCUUCAAGGACUUCACAAUGAACACGGCCAAAAUCGGGCUGAGCCAUGGCGAGAAGACUGCGUUCUGGCUGCACGGCAAGGUGUCUAGCUGGAGCCGGCGCUGGUUCACCCACAUCUUCCUCUUCCUCGUCGUGUUCGCCUACAGUCUGCUGGGCGCGCUCAUCUUCGUGGCCGUGGAGGGCACCAACGAGAAGCGCUACCUUGACCAGAUGGACGAGGAGCGAGCCACCUUCCUCGAGGAGAUGUACAAGAGGGCGCAGAACACGGCGCUUGUGAAGCAGCGGGAAUUGUGGAAAACGGAGGCCCACCAGGAGCUGGAGCAGUUCGAAUUCAAGCUAAAGGAACACUUCAGAAACGGCGAGGGCAUGAGAGUCGGGAAGACCUGGACCUUGUGGAACGCCGUGUUCUACUGCGGCACCAUCUACACUACUAUAG